CCCGGCCAGACGUGCGGCGACCGUCGAAGGCGACAGUUGAGGUUGUGUUCCGUUGUGUUCUGUUUGUGAGUUCUGUGUGCUCCGUGUCAGCUGAUGGCACAUGUUGCUGCCGUUGACGUUGGCCGCCCUUCAGCAUUUUAUAUAAGCAAACAUAUAUAAAAAACGCAAAAGCUGAAUAAAAACAUUCGCGUCGAUUUUCAUCAAGUGUUAAUCAGCAUCAACAAUUCCACAAGAUGAACUCCAAAUAUGAGAACAUGAAAAUCAUCUACAAUCGCAGCAAAAUCGGCUGGUAUUGGGCCCCGCUCUUUGUGGCGUUCUGGUUCCUGCUCUACUACUUGGUGGUGGUGCCCAGUUUCCACAGCAUGCCGCCGCUGAAGACCGUGCAGGAUGAGCUGCAGCAGCCGGGCCAGUUUAUUGGCGAGCGGGCGGAGGGCACUCUGCUCAGGCUGUCGAAGAUUGGACCCAAGGUCGUGGGCAGCGCUGCCAACGAGCAGGUCGCCGUCCAGUUCCUGCUCAGCGAGAUCAACGACAUCAUCGACGGUGGCCGCGACGACCUCUACGACAUUGAGAAGGAUGUGCAGAUAGCGUCGGGCAACUACCUGCUUUGGUCAAUGGUGAACGUCUACCAGAGCGUGCAGAAUGUGGUGGUCAAGGUCUCGCCCAAGAAUCCCACAACCGAGGCGGCUCUGCUGAUCAACAGCCACUUCGACUCGGUGCCAGGCAGCUCGGGCGCCGGCGAUGCUGGCAUGAUGUGCGUCAUCAUGCUGGAGGUGCUGCGCGUCAUCACCAAGUACGAGACGCCGCUCACCAACACGCUCAUCUUUCUGUUCAACGGCGCCGAGGAGAAUCCGCUCCAGGGCUCGCACGCCUUCAUUACGCAGCAUCCGUGGGCCAUGAAUGUGCGCGCUGUGGUCAAUCUGGAUUCAGCUGGCAGUGGCGGCCGGGAGAUACUCUUUCAGUCUGGCCCCGAUCAUCCCUGGCUAAUGAAGUACUAUGGCAAGCACAUCUCUCAUCCAUUCGCCUCAACUAUUGGCGAGGAGCUCUUCCAAAACGGUUUCAUACCCUCGGAGACGGACUAUCGCAUAUUCCGCGACUUUGGAAAGAUUCCAGGCCUCGACAUGGCGCACACAUUGAAUGGCUAUGUCUACCAUACGAAGUACGAUCGAUUUAAUAUAAUACCACGACGCACCUACCAGCUGACCGGAGACAAUGUGUUGGGCCUGAUCAAGGGCCUGGCCAAUGCGCCAGAAUUGGAAAAUCCAGAUAAAUAUGCAGAGGGCCACAUGAUAUUCUUCGACGUAUUGGGCUGGUUCUUCAUCUACUAUCCAGAACAUGUGGGCGUCAUCAUCAACAUUUGCGUUUGUGUCCUGGUCCUGGCUACGAUCGUCGUCUACAUCUGGAGCAUGGCCAGCAAUACGGGCAUGUUCAGGCGUCGCAUCUUUGCCAAGUUUGGCAUCUUGGCUGCGCUGCAGCUCUGUGGCGUUCUGCUGAGUGUGGGUCUGGUCAUAUGCAUUGCCCUCUUCCUGGACGCCGUGGGCCUUUCGAUGGCCUGGUACUCGCAGACCUGGAUGAUCUUCGGCUUGUACUUUUGCCCCAUGUUCUUUGGCCUGGGCAUACUGCCAGCCAUUUACUUUAGUCGCACGAAGGAGCACGGUCUUCCGCUCGGCUACGGCAUUCAGCUGCUGAUGCACUCGCACUGUUUAAUCUUGACAGCCAUUACCAUCAUUAUGAUUUGCUUCAAUGUGCGAUCGGCCUUCAUUCUGCUCAUUUGCAUUGGCUUCUACACCCUCUCCGUACUGCUCAAUAUGGCCACGUGUGCCCAUAAGACAAAUUUCCUGUGGCUCAUUCCCCAUUGCCUCUGCCAGCUGCUGCCCUUCAUGUUCUACACCUACUGCUGCUAUGCCUCCUACGUGGUGCUUGCGCCCAUGCAGGGACGCGAGAGCGGCUCGAAUCCGGAUCUGCUUAUCGGAGUCUAUACGGCGCUGUUCUGCUUGCUGCUGUCUCCGUUUAUAAUACCCCUGCUCUGCCUGUUCCGUAAAUCGAAGACCAUCAUCUCGCUCUUUGGCAUCUGCACGCUCGUCUUCAUCAUUCUGGCUGCCACGCCCGUGGCAUUCCCAUAUGUGGAGAAGACGGCAGUGCAGCGAUUCUUUGCUGUGCACACGACGCGCACUUUCCACAAUGCAGACGCAGCGCAUUCCGUCAACCACACGGACUCCGGCUACUUUGUGAUGCCCGUGGAUCGGCAUCCCAACUCGGUGGAUAGCAUUCUCUUUGAGGGAACCAACUUGACGAAGGCGGAUCGCAGUACGUGUGACACUGAAAUUAUGUGCGGCUUUCCCAUCUACAGUUCGCGUUGGGUGAAGGCAGUGGAUAAUAGCUAUUGGGUGCCAGGCCCAGAGCCGAACAAAGACUAUCUGCCCACGCUGCGCAUAAUAAACAAGGAGAGCACCUCGAGAACGAACAUAAUAUUCACUUUAGAGGUGGCUGGACCGGAUCAUGUGAGCAUAUUCAUCGAACCGCGUCAGGGAGCCAAGCUAGUAGACUGGACCUUCACCAAGGAGCCGUUGGAGAAGUCUCUACCGCCGCCUCACUACGUCUAUUGGUCUUAUGCCUUAGACCCGACACCCAUGCGCUUUAAUUUGGAGUUUGAGCACAAUAGUGAGGAUUGGUCUGGCGCCACGUUCAGGGUCGCCAUCAUGGGUCACAGAAUACACGACGAUAUGUUCAUAGACAAGGACUUCCGAGAGUUCCUGGCCAGGUUUCCGCCCUGGGCGCACGUCAACUCGUGGAUCGGCUCCUACAACAGCUGGCAGCUCUAAGGGCAGCCGAGUCAGCAGAUGCAACGCUUGAUAUUCACUCACUACUCAUGGUUCGGAGACUCUGAACUGUUGUUAAGUUUUCGCAUUCAUCCGCAUACUCUGAACACAAAUUCACAUAUGAUACUCGCACAGGCGAACGUCCAACGAACAAAAAUUAUAAUUCUAGACUCUAAUUGAAGCCAUCUCCCAUUUUUGUGCUAAAUCACUGAAC